AUGAACGGCACCAUGAAUGGGGAUUCCAACUACAACCAUCAGGAGGGCUCCUUCAUGUUCACCUCUGAGUCGGUGGGAGAGGGACAUCCCGAUAAGAUCUGUGAUCAGAUCAGUGAUGCUGUGCUGGACGCUCACCUGAAGCAAGACCCCGACGCCAAGGUGGCUUGUGAGACGGUGUGUAAGACGGGCAUGGUGCUGCUCUGUGGCGAGAUCACGUCCCUCGCCAACGUGGACUACCAGAAGGUGGUGAGAGACACCAUCCGACACAUCGGCUACGACAACUCGGCCAAAGGCUUUGAUUAUAAGACCUGUAACGUGCUGGUGGCCCUGGAGCAGCAGUCUCCUGACAUCGCUCAGGGAGUUCACAUCGACCGGCUGGAGAACGACGUCGGAGCCGGAGACCAGGGUCUGAUGUUCGGCUACGCCACGGACGAGACGGAGGAGUGCAUGCCGCUCACCAUCGUGCUCGCACACAAGCUCAACGCCAAGAUGGCCGAACUGAGACGAAGCGGGGAGGUUCCCUGGCUCCGGCCGGACUCCAAGACACAGGUGACGGUUCACUACACCCAGGAGAACGGGGCGGUGAUCCCCCGGAGGGUCCACACCGUGGUGAUCUCCGUGCAGCACGACGACUACGUGAGUCUGGAGGAGCAGAAGGAGGUUCUGAAGGAGAAGGUCAUCAAGGUGGUGGUCCCCUCCAAGUACCUGGACGAGAACACCAUCUACCACCUGCAGCCCAGCGGCCGCUUCGUGAUCGGUGGACCUCAGGGCGACGCCGGAGUGACGGGCAGGAAGAUCAUCGUGGACACGUACGGGGGCUGGGGGGCCCACGGCGGGGGGGCCUUCUCCGGGAAGGACUACACCAAGGUCGACCGCUCGGCCGCUUACGCCGCCCGCUGGGUGGCCAAGUCUCUGGUGAAGGCCAAUCUGUGCAGGAGGGUCCUGGUGCAGGUCGCCUAUGCCAUCGGCGUGGCUCACCCUCUGUCCAUCUCCGUGUUCACCUUCGGCUCCUCUCAGAAGAGCGAGACCGAGCUGCUGCACAUCGUCAACAAGAACUUUGACCUCCGACCCGGCGUCAUCGUCAGGGACCUGGACCUGAGGAGACCAAUCUACCAGAACACGGCGUGCUACGGACACUUCGGCAGGAAGGAGUUUCCCUGGGAAACCCCAAAGAACCUCAACUUCUAG